CUUGCUACGACCUCUCGGUCGAUCUUCUCGUUUUCCCUUUCUAUCAUCUUGUCAUCGACUCUCAACAUAUAGCCCGCCCUCCCCAUCUGUCUCUCACCUGGUCCCGGGCAUUGAUUCAACAGCACUGUAGAAGGCAAACAGUACGGGCAUCAUGUCGGUUCCAUACAAGAUCGAGGCCAGCGAGGAGCUGUUGACCUCCAUUGGAGGCUCUGGCACGCCACGCGCAAGCGACAGAAUUCCAAUGCUCGCUCGACCUUUUGUCUCCGAACGAGCGAAGAAGACAUUGGAUCUGGUCGAGAAGUUCGUCGAAGAGGAAUGCGUACCAGCAGACACAGUAUACAGACAACAGAUCGGCGAAGGCGUACAGCAACGAUUCGCAGCCCAUCCACAAGUGAUUGAAGAUCUGAAGAAGAGAGCAAGAGAGCUUGGACUAUGGAACCUCUUCUUGCCAGCGAACCACUUCAAGGAGGGAGCUGGGUUCAGCAAUCUCGAAUAUGGUCUUAUGGCAGAGUACCUUGGCAAGAGCGGUAUAGCCUCCGAGGCAUGCAACUGCUCUGCUCCGGACACUGGAAAUAUGGAAGUGCUUGCGAAGUAUGGAACGCAGAAGCAAAAGGACAGGUGGCUCGUGCCGCUUCUCGAGGGCAAGAUCCGAAGUGCUUUCCUCAUGACCGAGCCAGAUGUUGCAUCAUCGGAUGCUACAAACAUCGCACUGACGAUGCGAAGGGAGGGCAACGAAUGGGUGCUGAACGGCUCGAAGUGGUGGUCAUCCGGAGCGGGUGACAAGCGCUGUGAGCUAUUCAUCGUCAUGGGCAAGUCCGACCCGAACAACAGCAGCGUAUACAAGCAGCAGUCCGUCAUCCUUGUGCCAUUCGACGCACCAGGCAUCACCAUUCACCGUAUGCUGUCAGUCUUCGGCUUUGACGAUGCACCACACGGUCAUGGCCACAUCACAUUCAACAAUGUUCGCGUACCCGCUGAAAACAUGGUUCUUGGACAAGGGCGUGGUUUUGAGGUCAUCCAGGGUCGUCUCGGACCUGGUCGCAUCCACCACGCCAUGAGAAGCAUCGGUGCCGCCGAGAAGGCUUUGGAAUACAUGCUGGCUCGCCUCAAUGACCCAUCCAAGAAGCCAUUCGGCAAGCAGCUUAGCGAGCACGGCGUUAUGCUCUCACGAGUGGCCGAUGCUCGAAUCAUGAUCGAUGCGGCACGUCUCCAGGUGCUCGAAGCAGCCUGCAAGAUCGAUGCCAAGGACGCGAAAUUCGCCCUCAAGGAGAUCGCCGAAGCGAAAGUGCUCAUUCCAAGAGUUCUGAUGCAAGUGCUCGACGAUGCCAUCCAGGCAUAUGGCGCUGCUGGUGUCUCUCAAGACACUCCUCUUGCCAACAUGUGGGCAUCUGGACGAACAAUGAGAAUCGUCGAUGGACCGGAUGAGGUGCACAUGCUGCAGAUGGGGCGUAAUGAGAACAAACGAGGCAAGGCAUGCCUCGACAAGAUCCAAUGGCAGAAUGCGAAGGCGGCGCAGAUGUGCAAGGCGUACGGGAUGGAGAAGGUUGACAUUUUACAGCUGAACAGACAGGGCUCCAAGUCAAAGUUGUAGAUGUGUCAGGCAGAUCUCAGAAAAUCAGACUCAGCGUAUUCACG